AUGGAUCUUUCCGGCUCUCCCCUUCUGUCUUGUCGCCCUCUCUCUCGCCCCUCCAUUCCCGUCGCCCUCUCUCUCUCCGCGCCCUUCUCGUCGCCCCUCUCAUCUCGUCGCGCUCUCUCUAUCCGUGCCCUUCCCGUCGCCUCCCUUCCCAUCGCGCUCUCUCUCUUUCCUCCCUUCCCGUCGCCCUCUCUCUCGCCCCUCCCUUCCCAUCGCGCUCUCUCUCUCCGCGCCCUUCUCAUCGCCCUCUCUCUCGCCCCUCUCAUCUCGUCGCGCUCUCUCUAUCCGCGCCCUUCCCGUCGCCUCCCUUCCCGCCGCCAUCUCUCUCUCCCCUCCCUUCCCGUCGCCCUCUCUCUCGCCCCUCCCUUCCCGUCGUGCUCUCUCUCUCUCCGCGCCCUUCCCAUCGCCCUCUCUCCCGUCGCCCUCUCUCCCAUCGCCUUCGCUCUCUUCUUUGCUCUGUCCCGGCGUUAUAUAUAUGCUUGCCUUCCGGCGAAGUGCUCUUCCGCCUCUCGCGCGAUCGUUACGGUUCCUGUCAUUGUCGGCACCACGAAACGCUCUCGAGUAGUCGCCAUUGCGCUCCUCUCUACCCGCGCCAUCGCCCCUCCCUUCCCUUCCCCACGAUAUUGCCAUCACCCUUUCCUUUCGAUCAGCGUACCUUUAUUCCACCCCGUCUCGUCGCCCUCAAGAACUCCCCUACCUUCGCGUCUUCUUGUUGUUCUCCCAUCCCCUUUCUUCGCCCUCGGUGUCUCCGCUCCCCUCCCGUCUUUCUUCCUCUCUCCGCUCCCCUAA